AUUUGGUUCCUCCCAAGCUCUUGCCUAACAUCCUCCAGCUGUUGUUCUUUGGAAAGCCGUUUCAUCAUCGAGGUCAGAGUAUAAAUACUCCUGCUGGGCCACAGUUCCUCUAGAAAGACGACUGACAUGUUCGUGAGCAGAAGGGAGGCAUGAUGACCUAUUCCCAGGAGAACCAUGAGCGGAUCCAGGCUGUAGAGAAGUUAUUUGGUUCCUCAGGAAGACCCCUGUACCAGCCGGGUCGGGUUCUUAUCGGAGAGGGCAGGUUGAUGAAAGGGUGCCGCCGCGGGCCUCAGGCUAAAGUCUUCUUCCUCUUCAACGAUGUGCUGGUGUAUGGAAACAUCCUGUUGGCCCACCGCUGGUACAAUAGGCAGAAGAUCAUCCCUCUAGAGGACAUCCGGCUGGAGGACAUGGAGGACAGCCUGACCAUGAAGAAUCAGUGGCUGAUCCAAACCCCACGGAAGUCCUUCCUGGUAGCAGCUGCAUCCGCUGAAGAGAAGAAGGCUUGGAUCUCCCACAUCACUGACUGCCAGUCCACACUGCCGCGAUGGGACCCCAGCAGGGCGCGGCCAAGCUUUGCUGUCGCUUGGGUCCCAGAUGAAGCCUCCUGCACCUGCAUGCGUUGCUCCCGCCAGUUCUCUGCGACCCAGCGGCGACACCACUGUAGAAAGUGUGGCUUCCUGGUCUGUGGGAGGUGCUCCAAGCACCGCGCAGUGAUCGGACACAUCCAACCGGAGAAGCACCUGAGGAUCUGCUCUGUGUGUAGCUCCAGCCUCCUGGGCUCAGGAACCCCUGAGGAGAGCUGCCAGAGGGGGGGCAGUGGUGGCAGGUUCAGCUCUGACAAAGAUAACGAUGCUGGGUUUAGGGGAGAGGAGGAGGGUACGGAAUAUAACAAGUGGAUCAGUUUGUGGUCAAAAUAUUACCUAAAACCAGAAGACUUCAGAGCAGAACUCAGGUCAAAGGUUAAAGGGCAGUGAGGCUCCUGUGAAAUACUUAGAAACACUAAUACUCUGCAGCCAUCCUUUGCUCUCAUACACUUUAUAAUUUUUUUUUUUAAUCGGUCUGAAAAUGUAUGUUUUAUUUAUUAAGGCUGGAACCAGUCCACUGUACAUAAAUAUGAACUGAACUUUGUUAAUAACAAAUAAACAACUCUUUCAUAUAA